UGUCCCCACCUUCGAAGCUCAAUCGUGACUUAAGAAACGUAUAAUCUAUAUCUGUUAGACAUCGAGGGUCAAGCGUUUGAAGUUGUUUACUUUAUAAUUGAAGAACACGUUAUAAGGUCUAUAAAAAUGCACACAGAUACUAAUCUCAUCAUGCAGCAAAUUGUUGAAGAGACGAAGAACUUCAGGACAGAUCUAAAAAUGAAACUGAACGAAAUGGGAACACGUACAGAAGAGCAGGAAGAAUCUGCGGUAGAGGCCGUGAACGCGAGUUUACCAACCUCUGAAGCGUACGGCAGGUACAUGAAGGAGGUGGAAGAUAUGAAGGCAGAUGUGACGAAACUGAAGGAGAAAGUAAAGAAUGAGGAACAAAUUCUUAAAUGCAAUUUGACGAGACUGGAAGAAGAUUGUGUGGAUAUUGUAGUAAAGAUGCCUUUUGUUGAGGAGGAAGGAGAGCAAUUGAAGGACAGUAGAGAAAACGUUCAGCUCAUGACAGAUCACAUAUCGAAAGUCAAUGAAGAGGCACGUUCGUUCUUUCAAGAAUAUGAUGCCAAUUAUGAAGACUCGGUACAGAAGUUGAAAGGUCAGCUGUCGGAACAUAAGAAACAAAGGGAAUCCAAGAAAUAAAAUUUUACAUAUCACAAUCCGCUUGGUUACGGAGUACGUAUUUACGUCAGAUUCUCCAGAACCGUGGUUCCACUGUCAUUUUUUCUGUUAUAAGUCAUCAAAUUAGCUACUACAAUGCGUGAGUGUAUUUCAAUUCAUGUUGGGCAAGCUGGCGUGCAGAUGGGCAAUGCAUGCUGGGAAUUGUACUGCCUGGAACAUGGUAUUCAGUCUGAUGGUCAAAUGCCAUCAGACAAGACUCUUAGAGGUGGUGAUGACAGUUUCAAGACAUUCUUCAGUGAAACUGGGGCAGGAAAGUAUGUACCAAGGGCAAUUUAUGUGGACCUGGAGCCCACAGUAGUAGAUGAAGUUCGCACUGGCAUCUACAGUCAGCUAUUUCACCCCGAGCAGCUGAUUUCUGGAAAGGAAGACGCUGCUAACAACUAUGCCCGAGGUCACUACACCAUCGGCAAGGAGAUCAUUGACCUCGUUCUGGACCGCAUCCGGAAGCUGGCCGACCAGUGCACCGGUCUUCAGGGUUUCCUGAUCUUCCAUUCGUUCGGGGGUGGCACUGGCUCAGGCUUUACGUCUCUGCUUAUGGAAAAGCUGUCGGCUGACUACGGAAAGAAGAGCAAGCUGGAAUUUGCAAUCUACCCCGCACCUCAGACUUCAACAGCUGUUGUCGAGCCCUAUAACUCCAUCCUCACCACCCACGCCACGCUUGAACAUUCUGACUGUGCUUUCAUGGUUGACAAUGAAGCCAUUUUUGACAUUUGCCAACGUAACCUGGACGUUGAGCGUCCCACCUACACCAACCUGAACAGACUGAUUGGCCAGAUUGUAUCCUCGAUUACCGCUUCUCUCCGGUUCGAUGGCGCUCUGAACGUUGACCUGAUUGAAUUCCAGACUAACUUGGUGCCCUAUCCCCGCAUCCACUUCCCUCUGGUUACCUAUGUCCCUGUCAUCUCAGCUGCGAAGGCAUACCAUGAGCAGAUUUCUGUAGCUGAAAUCACAAAUGCUUGCUUUGAGCCUGUCAACCAGAUGGUGAAAUGUGACCCAAGAAAUGGAAAGUACAUGGCGUGCUGCAUGCUGUACAGAGGGGACGUCGUACCCAAGGACGUCAACGCUGCCAUAGCGACCAUCAAGACGAAGCGCACGGUCCAGUUCGUGGACUGGUGUCCAACUGGCUUCAAAGUUGGCAUCAACUACCAGCCACCAACUGUUGUUCCAGGAGGGGACCUGGCAAAGGUACAGCGUGCCGUAUGCAUGUUGGCCAACACGACCGCCAUUGCCGAGGCCUGGGCUCGUCUGGACUACAAGUUUGACCUCAUGCACGCUAAGCGUGCCUUUGUUCACUGGUACGUGGGUGAGGGUAUGGAAGAAGGCGAGUUCUCAGAAGCUCGCGAGGAUCUCGCAGCCCUGGAGAAGGAUUACGAGGAGGUCGGCAUGGAUACUUUUGAAGGAGAAGAAUACAGUGCAGAGGAGUACUAAAUGUCAACUCCAGUUUCAUUUUGGGAUGUCAGUAUUGUAAGAAUUUUGUGUUUGUCAAAUAAUGUUGCAACCUAUUGAUCAGGUGCUUCAGUUCAAUUUGAAAGCAAUAUUUUUUGUGCAAUUUCUUUUACCUUCCAUCUUUUCUCUACCGUCAUUUAAGUUUCUCAAAUACUUGUACCAAAUGUUUUUUUAACUGAAGUUGUGUUAAUGUCUCGCAAGUUGGUUGAACUGAUGGGUGAGAUAUAUAAUGUAUUGGUUGGGAUCCCUGAAUGAAAGAGGCUGCUGGAAGACCUCAGGGAGAUGGGAAUCAAUGGAGCAAACUGAAUGUAGCUGGCUCAGGAUGGAGUUAAGCAGGCUUUUGUGAACAUGAAUCUUUCAGGUGCAGUUAAAUAUGGCUGUAGUUCUUCAACCAUCAAUGAGAAAUUUUUCAAGUACUUGUAUUAGACUGUUUUAGACUAAUUAAUAAAAUAAUUCUAUUGGUUCUUUAAUUUA